AUGGAACAGGCAUUAUUACAAAGAAAAGUAGUACGUCGUCGUUUUACUAUGUGUGCUAAACGUAUAGAAGAUUUUCUAGAGAAGAAUGAUAAAACAGGUAUGAGCGCGGAAAUAUUAAAUAUCACCAAAAUUUUCGACGAAUUAACAUUCCUCCAAAACAAAUUAAUGGAUUUGUGGUUGAACAUGGAGGAACGGGACGAAAAUUUUUUUGAUGAUGAUUUAGAACUGUCCGAGGCUUACACCAGUAAAUUCUAUUUGUUGAAACACAAAGUCAGCGAGAACUGCAGUCCUGCGGUAGCCCGCUCUUCGGCCUCUGAUACUGUAAUUAAAGCAGAUAGUGAGAGUGGAGAGACUUCCCAAAGGCAUCGUCGCCACUUUCGUCUUCCGAAGUUACAGCUUACUUUAUUGAACGAAGAGAUAAAAAGUUGGAUUCCAUUCUGGACACAGUUCAAGAAGAUUGACUGCGACAGCGACAUAGAUGAUGAAGAUAAAUUUCAAUAUCUCCUACAAAGUAUUGAGAAAGGUUGUAACGCCAGGGAGUUAGUGGAAAGUUUUCCACCCUCAGCAGAAAACUACCCAAAGGUAAUGCAACAGCUCAAACAAAGGUAUGGAAAAGAUGAACUUAUAAUAGAAUAUUACGUUAGAGAACUCUUAAAGUUAACAAUCGUCCAAAGGAACGAUAAUUCUAAGAUGGCCACUCGUAUCCUAUAUGAUAAACUAAUGACUCAGAUUCUUGCUUUAGAAUCUCUCGGCGUGACGCAAGAUAAGUAUGCCGCCUUUUUAUUUCCAAUGGUGGAAUCUGCACUGCCGGAAGACAUAUUACGCGCAUGGAACAGAUGUCAGGCGAACGUCGCGACUAACGAUAAAGAAAAGAGUCAGCUGACACAAUUGUUACAUUUUGUUCGUAAGGAAGUUGAAUCUGAAGAAAAAAUUAAUUUAUCACGAGGAGGUUUUUCAAGCGUGGAUCCAAGUCCUGUAAUUCCGUCAGCAAGUUUUUUAAGUACAGCUGUCAGAAACAAAGAGAAAAAUGUCGUGCAUACUAAAAAUGAAAUAAGAGAAUGUGUAUGGUGCGAUAAACCCACGCAUAAUAGUUCUGAAUGUAAAAGGCCUAUUAAAUGGGAUUUAGAAGAAAAGAAAGAUUUUCUGAAAAAGAAAAAUACAUGUUUGAUAUGUCUAAAAAUUGGACAUCAUGCAAAAAAAUGUAGAAAAUAUCCCAAAUGCAUUGUUUGUGAAAAAAGACAUUAUCCCAUUAUGUGUGCCGAAUUACCUAAGAUUUCAAAGAAGGCAGAAGAUCAAGUACUUAAACAGUCUAUAAAACCGAGUACAGUUUUAUUGCAAACUGUCAAACUAAAUUUAGUAUACAAAGAGAAAACCAUUACAGUGAGAGCCCUUUUGGAUUCAGGUGCUCAACGCUCUUUUAUAAGGUCAGAUGCAAUCGAGAAAUUGAAUAUUAAACCUACAGGUUCGUUGUACACUGGGCGAUCAGAACAUGUAAGUGACAAUUUGGUGGCGAUCGAGACAAAAUUUGGUUGGGUAAUUCAGGGACCUACUUCUGGUACGUAUUGUAAUUUUACUUCAAUACACGCUUGUUCAUUUGAUAUUGAUGACCUGUGGAAACUUGAAUCAAUAGGUAUAAAAGAUGAGGCGCAGGUUAAAAGUUCUCGGAAGCGUGAGGAAGAAGUUGAGAAUUUUUUUAGAGAAACUGUAAACAUAAAUGGUGAGAAUAGGUAUGAAAUUAGUUUACCAUGGAAGGAUACAGCAGACAUUUUAUCUUCUAACUUUAAUUUAGCAAUAAAACGUCUUCACUCAACUACUAAUAAGCUUACAAAAUUAGGCUUAUUGAACGCUUAUGAUGAGGUGUUGAGCGAAUGA